AUGAGCGCUUCGAUUCCACCCUCACCUGGCGAAGAAACGCCAGCCUUCGACCUCAACCUUCAACACGGCCACAAAGAUCUCGUCCAGGCCGUCGCAUUCAACACAUACGGAGACCGCUGCGCAACCGGCUCAGUAGAUGGCAAGAUCCGUGUCUUCAACCGCCACAAGGAUGGCACAUGGCGCCUUUGCGAUACCUGGACCGCGCAUGGCGGAGAGAUUCUAGAGAUUCAAUGGCUUCCCGCUACCGUCUAUCCCAACUUGAUCGCCUCCCUCGGCAUUGAGGGCUGGUUCCGUCUAUGGGCUGAGGAUCCUUCCGCUGCGCCUGGCCGACGCUUCUGCACUGGACGUGCAGGUAAUGGAAAACCUGCAUUUGAUACACGAUCUAAUAAAGCCCCGUACCGAUCCUUCUCAAUGAAGCAUAACGAGGAGACUCGACAUACAUAUCUCGCGCUGCUCGCGACAGACGGCCGUUUGACAGUAUACGAAAAUGACCAACCUGAGAACCUUUCUGAAUAUGGGUCCAUCGAUGAGUUCAGUGUUGCUGCAAAGCCUAAUAGAGGAGAAGAGCUCGCGUUCCGUGUGCGCUUCGAUCCCAAUCCAGAGCCCUGUUAUACGGCUCUACGUGCAGGCGUACCCUCGGAUUCUUUAGGCCUUGUAGUUGCUGCAAUGGACAAUGUCAAAGUUUACAGAUCGCGCGACAUUGUCGCAACUUCUAUAGGCGUCCAGUCGACCCAGAAGGAAUUUUAUCUCGCUGUUGAAUUAACCGGUCACCGAGGCCUAGUACGGGAUGUAGCUUGGGCACCAGGAAAUAUCAGAGGCUACGAUGUCAUCGCCACAGCGUGCCAGGACGGUUAUGCGCGUGUCUUCCGCAUCGAGACUCCGUAUUCAGAAGAUGAUGGCAAAUCUUGGUCCGCAACUGACCUUCUGCGGUCUGCUCCUCAUAUGUCAACAAGAGACUCCACGCCACAGAUGAGGACCAAUGGAACUGCAACGCCGACAGAAAAGCAACCACCAACACCACAGCUCCAGCCCUCUCACAAUUAUCAGCAGCACCACCCAUCCACCCUCAGUGCUAGCCUCGCCAAAUCAGGAUCCCAUAAUGACCGACAGUGGUCAGGGCAGCCAGGUCAAGUCAAGCACAAGUUCGAAGAGAUAUCUAAACUUGACAAUCAUCGCACGCCGGUGUGGCGUGUCGGCUUUGAUGAUGAUGGCCAGAUCUUAGGCAGCACAGGCGAUGACGGAAGAUUACUGUGUUAUCGCCAAACACCUAAUGGGGCAUGGGCCAAGAGCUCCGAGUUGGCAGUGCAGAAAGCGCGAAUGGCUACUCCAUGA